CACGGACAGGAAAUCACCGCAGACAACUGAUGAUGAAGAAGAGCAAUCUGACCAACCGGGGUGCUCCGGAGCCGGGCCAGCUGGCGGGCCAGCAGCCGGAGAAGGCGGGCUGGAUCCGGAAGUUCUGCGGGCGCGGGAUCUUCAGGGAGCUGUGGAGGAGUCGCUACGUUGUCCUCAGAGGAGACCACCUGUACAUCUCUGAGAAGGAGGUCAAAGAUGAACAGAUGGCCCAGGAGGUGUUUGACCUUGCCGACUACGAACGUUCGGAGGAGUUGAGGAAGGCCAAGAGUCGCAGUAAGAGGAACCACAGCCGCUUCACGCUGCUGCGCUGCCGCCAGCCCGGGAACACGGCUCCUAAUCUGGUGUUCCUGGCGGUGAGUCCGGAGGAAAAGGAAUCAUGGGUAAAUGCUCUGAACGUGGCCAUCAUCAAGGCCAAGAACCGCAUCUUGGAUGAGGUGACCAUAGAGGAAGACAGUGUGCUCAUUCAUCCCACCAGAGACAGAGCCAAGAUUCCUCACAGCAGACGAUUGCCAACCAGAGGACAUCUGAUGACUGUGGUGUCCACCUCCUCUCAAGGCAUGCUGACCCUUGACCUUGUGGCCGAAGAGGACAGCUCCUCUCCUGAUUAUGACGGCGAACAGGAGCCCUGGGAGAACAGCUUCCGGGUGGAGCUGGACAGGAAGGGUGGGUUUGAGGGAUCAUGGGGGGUCGGAGGUCGAAAGCGGUCAGGCACGGAUGUCUCCAAACUGCGGGAGACUUCCAGGGAGCCCCGGGUGAAGACGGGUAGUCUGCCCCGCGGUAGUGAGAGGUCCUGGGGAAAAUACCAACACCUGGAGGUCCACAAAACUCAGAAGGAUCAGCAGGGACAGGUCCAGUCCCGCACGCCACAGCCCGGGAAGAAGCUCAGUGCUCAGGGCCGCAGCCGCUGCGCAUCCAUGGAUGAAGUCCUCUCUGCCAGACCGGCGCUGAUCCGGUCGGAGCUGUGCUCCGCCCUGCGGCACUGUCCCACAGAGGAGGUACAGCCGGUGGGCCAGCUCCAGAGCCUGAUCGCCCAGCGAAUGCAGAGGGCGCAGGAGCUGCUGGAGGAGAUGAGGUUGCAGGAGCUGCAGAGAGCCAAAGCUGAGCGAGGAGAGAGAGGAAGCGAGUCAGCCUACCUGAAGGGAGUCGACUCCCCGCGCCUCCAUCAUCUCAGGGGCUCCGAUUCUCCGCAGUCCAGCAGGUCUUCAGGGUCUCCAAGAAGCCGAAGUAGCGAUUCUCCUCGUCUCAGAGGGAAAGAUUCUCCUCGCCUCCGAGGAAGAGAAUCUCCACGAUCCAAAGCCAAGAAGAACCGCUCCAAAGGGACUGACUCGCCCCGCUCCAGAGGCUCCCAGUCACCUGCCAACAGAUCCAGCGACUCUCCUCAUCUGAAAGAGUCACCUCGUCUGAAUAUCGCCAACACUCCACGAACAAAGAGCUCCAGCCCUGCCCGCCUCAAAGAGACCGCCUCACCGAAUCACAAAGGAUCCUCUGACUCCUCUUGCUUGCAGAAGGAGGUUGACUCACCUGUUUGGAAAUCCAGCGAGUGUAAUCCAUGUUCUGGAGGAACAGACUCCUCUCAGAUCAAAGAAGCUGGUGAAUCAGAGUCUCCUCAUGUGAAGAGCAGUAAGGAAUGGCACCGUCAGAGUCAUAAGAACUCCCCCAGCCUGUCCAAGUCCUUCGACUGCCCUCAGCCAAAGCCCCCCGACGACCACCUCCUUACCCCACCCCUGCUGGCCUCCCCCACCCUCAACCCCCUCUCCCUACUGUGUGAGGAGGAGUUGGAGGUGGAGAGGAGGAGAGCUGAGGCCGAGCGCCUCCUACAGGAGGCAGUGUCCUCCUGGAAAGAGGCACAGGAGGUUCUGCAGGAGGUGAAGGAGCUGCAGUGUCAGACGCUGAGGAGACAGCGCAGGAGGACCUACGAGAAGAUGUCACUCACCGCGGCAACACCCGGGUUGCCCAUGGCAACUGCGGCAGCAGUCGAGGACACACCCACCUCCCCAACAUCACCAGAGGAGGAAGACGAAUCACAGACUCCUUGA